AUGAUGCAACAACAAGCUACUUCCCGUUCAGACAUGAUGAGAAUGAUGGAGAUGCAACAACGCUUCAUGGAACAGCAGCAACAAUUCAUGCAGCAACAGUUACAACAUCAGCAGCAGCAGGUGACUCCUCAGUAUCUACAGGGGGCUACAAGUCGGCAAGAGCAUCAUGUCAGUUUGGCAGAAUUCAAAAAGUUUGCACCUUCAGCUUUUAAAGGCACUUCUGACCCUUUAGAGGCUGAGACUUGGCUGAAUGAAAUGGAAAAAGUUUUCAAUGCCCUGAGAUGCCCUGAUGAGGAUAGGGUCACUUUUGCUACAUUUAUGCUGCUGGGAGAAGCGGAUAUUUGGUGGAAUGUGGAAAGAGGAAAGAUAGGACAGAAUGCUACAUCUUUGACUUGGGAAGGAUUUAAGGAGCUUUUCCGUGAUAAGUAUAUUCCCCAAAGCGUGAGACGGCAGAAAUUCCGAGAGUUUACCCGGUUAGAGCAGGGGAAUAUGACGGUCGCAGAGUAUGCUGCAAAGUUUGAGGAACUGGCUAGGUAUGCCCCAGGACAGGUGGAGAAUGAAAGAGAACGAGCUGAAAAGUUUGAAAGUGGACUUAGAGCCCGAAUCAGACAACAGGUAUCUACCUUCGAGCUUUCUUCCUACAAGGAUGUGGUUAACAAGGCUUUGGUAGUUGAAAGGGGCUUGAAUGACACUCAAGAAGAGAGGGAAAGAAUUUUGAAAAAGAGAAACAGACAAGCUGAGUUACAAAAUAAGCAUGGCAAAAAUACUGAAUUCAGGCCCAAGAAACAAACUACUGUGAAUGAUAAGGCUCAGCGCAAGGAUACUGUGAAAUGCUAUAGAUGUGGUAGACCCCACUAUCAGAGCGAGUGCAACUGGUUCAAUGGGAAUUGCUUUUCGUGUGGCCAGCAGGGCCACAGGGCAAAUACAUGUCCUAAUCGCAGUAAGCAACAGGCUCGACAAAUGUCUCAGCCUAUUCCGGGAGCUCCAGCAAAUCAAGUAUCUCAGAAUGAACAACAACGAGGAGGACAGCAGAGGCCUAGAACUCAGGGUCGAGUCUAUGCUCUCACACAACACGAUGCCGACGCCUCUAACACCGUGGUGACAGGUACAAUUGAAAUCUCAUCCAUUAAUGCCUAUAUUUUGAUUGAUCCUGGAGCUACUCAUUCUUUUGUAUCUGCUGAUUUUGUUGGAAGAAAUAGUACAUUGAUUUCUUUGCCACUAGAGACUGAACUGUGUGUCUCCAUCCCUAAUGGAGAUGUAAUCUUAGUUAACUCUGUCUACAAAGAUUGUAUCUUGAAUAUUGAAGGCAGGGAAAUGAAAGCAGAUUUACUAGUCCUAGGGAUGAAGGAUUUCGACAUGAUCCUUGGGAUGGACUGGUUAGCAGCAUAUCAUGCCACUGUUGACUGCUUCGAGAAAACAGUAAAAUUUCAAAUCUCUGGUCAGCCAGAGUUUACUUUUAGUGGCAACAGAGUGUUACCUCCGCCAAAAGUAAUCUCAGCCAUACAGGCCAAGCGACUCCUUCGGAAAGGUGAUGAAGGAUUCUUAGCCGUGAUAAUGGGCACCCAACUGGAAGAACUCAAGCUAGAAGACAUUCCCAUUAUGAGGGAAUAUCCAGAUGUCUUUCCAGAGGAUUUGCCAGGAUUACCUCCUGAUAGAGAGGUUGAAUUCUCCAUUGAUUUGAUUUCUGGCACUGGACCGAUUUCUAAGGCCCCAUACCGGAUGGCUCCAGCUGAAUUAAAAGUGCUAAAGGAACAACUACAGGAGCUGUUGGACAAGGGUUUCAUCAGGCCUAGUGUUUCUCCUUAG